AUGGUGAAGAAGACUGUUGGAGUUGUAGGAACCGAGUCUUUUCAGAGACCCAUUUGGAAAUGCUUCUCUUUUGAAGAAAUUUGUGAGGGCACCGAUGGUUUCAGCUCAUAUAAUUUGGUUGGAAAAGGAGGCUACGUAGAGGUAUAUAAAGGAGUUUUGAGAAAUGGAGACAAAAUAGCUGUGAAAAUGCUCACGAAAACAGCUUCGGAUGAGAGAAAAGAGAAAGAGUUUUUCACUGAGAUUGGAACCAUUGGCCAUGUCCACCAUAGAAACGUUUUAUCACUCCUUUUUUGUUGUAUUGACAGUGGUCUUUACCUCAUUUUCCAAUUCUCUUCCAUAGGCUCUGUUGCUUCUCUUUUCCAUGGUGAGAAUUUGACACCUAUGGAUUGGAAAACAAGGUACAACAUAGCCAUUGGUACAGCCAGAGGCCUCCAUUAUUUGCACAAUGGCUGUCAGAGAAGGAUAAUCCAUAGAGACAUUAAGUCAUCCAACAUUCUUUUGACUACAGAGUUUGAACCACUGAUAUUUUAUUUUGGACUAGCAAAAUGGCUUCCAUCUCAAUGGACUCAUCAUUCAAUUGCUCCUAUAGAAGGGACAUUUGGGCACUUAGCUCCUGAGUACUAUAUGCAUGGAAUUGUGGAUGAGAAAACAGAUGUGUUUGCCUUUGGAGUUUUUCUAUUAGAAAUCAUUUCAGGCAGGAAGCCAGUAAAUGGUUCUCACCAAAGCUUACACACUUGGGCCAAACCAAUAUUGAAACAAGGAGAAAUUGAAAAACUGAUUGAUCCAAAAUGA